AUGCUCAUGGGCCAAGCUGAUGAUGGGAAUACACUGCGGGUGAAUAUUGCUCAACAAUCAUUAGAGAAAGAGGAUGAGGGAGAUUCGCCAGCUCUCAUCGGGAGCUUAUCUUUGAGCAUCUCGCCGAAGGAGUCUGCUGUGGUGAUAUCGUGGGAUGUGGCGAUCGACGUUGGCGACGGUGUUGGGAAGGAGGCCGUCCUUCUACUGGACACGGACAUCAAUAAUCAUGAUGGAGACUUCGUCACGGACAGCAACGGUAGGGAUUGGGUACAUCGCAGGGUCAACUACCGCAAGGAUUGGCAGCUGAAUGUUACCGAUCCCGUGGCCAUGAACUAUUACCCGAUUAACUCAGGCCUGAGGAUUUCCGAUCAGGUCGGUGAAGGGAGUAACGCUCGGCAGCUCACUCUUGUGCCCGAUCGAGCUCAUGGUGGAGCCUCACUGCUACCAGGCCAACUCGAGAUAAUGAUCCAUAGGAGAACGCUAGUUGACGAUGGCCGAGGCGUUGGAGAGCCUUUGGAUGAGGUAGACUGUGUAGAGUCAUUGUGCCUGCCUAAAUUGGUAACGGGUGAGACGCGCCUCCUGCUAGAGCCAAUGAGAACGUCGACGACCGAAGAAGAGUCCCACGACAACUAUCGAGAGAUGGCUCACCAGGUCCGUCUGCCUCUUCUGCCCAUCUUCACUCAUGAUGAUCCCAAGAACCCGCCUAAAGCCGAUAACUGGUCCUCUCUUGCGGGGCUAACAGCUUCCAAGCAUUUGCCCCAAGAGAUCCAUAUUCUAACGCUGGAGCUGUUGCAUGUCAACAAUACUCCUAAGCUCUACUAUGACAAGGCCUGUGCCGAUCGCCGAUGUGCAUUGCUUCGCGUGGCCCAUACUUAUGCUCAGGAGGAGGGAGGAUCUCCCAUCCAACUUGAUCUAGCUGGGAAAGGAACUCUUUUGAAAGACUUUGAACUAGGUCCCGGCUUCGAGGUAACCCUCAACGCGGGCAGGGACAUCGAGACCGCUGAGGAGAAACGAUUGAAAUGGUCCGCGCACGGGGUUCAAAGUCAAAGCUCCGUUUAUGAUGGAGGAGGUCACCGCGGCCUCGCAGUUGAUUGGGGAAGCCUGGAGCUUCAGCCUCUGCAGAUCCGCACUUUCAUCGUUUCAUUGCUCUUGUGAUACACACAACUCAGCCCAUCUUACAGUAUGUACUUUCUGAAGAGUUUAUUUUCUUGAAUCUUGAUUUCG